GCAACCAUUAUAAUUAAAGUCCGCUACCUUCUUCAACCUCCAACACAUGAUCGGCUUCGUUCCCAGAAAUGCCGUCUUUCGAAGUGCAGCGCUGCACUGAAGCAGAUAUCCCACGCGUCUUCGAAAUCGUCUCUCUAUCUUUCGCGAACGACCACGAGUACGUAGACGCUGUGUUUCCUGCCCAUGGCACCCCAGAAGGUCGCAAGAUAGGAAGUGAGCGGAUGCUCCAAAUGUUCCAUGGUGACCCUAAUGGUAACUUCAUGAAAGUCGUCGACAAGGACAGCGGCAAGAUAGUUGCAGCGGCGAAGUGGAACGUGUACAAAGCUGGCGAGAUCCCUCCUCAGCCUGAGAUAGAUGGUGACUAUUGGGAGAAUGAAGAGGACAAAGAGUUUGCGCAACGUCUGUUCCAUGGGUUCUUCGCACCGAGACAGAAGGUCAUCGAAGAGACGAACGGAAACUUGGUUGCGCUGGAAAUGAUGAUGGUCGAUCCUGCUUACCAGAAGAUGGGUGCUGGCAGGCUCUUGGUGCAGUGGGGUCUCACUCGAGCCGAUGAGCUGGGCGUUGAUGCUGUUGUAGAAGGGUCGGAGCGAGGUCGACAACUGUACGCAUCAGAAGGCUUUGGCGGCCCACACUAUGUGGUUCCUGUGCCCGAGAAGUUUGCAGCAAGACGCAAGCAGACAUACUGGUGGAUGAGGCGCCCGGCGCAGAACAAGCUAUUGACUCCGUAG